AUGUCUGAACCAAUCAAGAAGAAAAACGGUGAUAUUGCAAAAGCACCUACACCACAAAAUACACCAUCAAGUGUAACCACAUCAUAUUUAAAAUCUCAACCUCCAACAGUUUCAACAAUUAAUGAAGAUAUAAAUGAAGAUAAAUUAAAUCAAACAUUAGCUAAUAAUCCAGUUUUAUUAUCUAUGAUUCAAGGUAAAUUAGGUGAUUUAGUUGGUAAAAAUUCAGGUUAUAUUGCAAAUUUAUCAAAACCUAUAAAAAAUAGAAUAUUUGGUUUAAAAUCAAUACAACAACAACAAAUGAAAUUAGAAGCAGAAUUUCAAAAAGAAUUAUUAGAAUUAGAAAAAAAAUUUUUUAAAAAAUAUGAACCUUUAUAUUUAAAAAGAAAAGAAAUUAUAAUUGGGAAAAUAGAACCUAGUGAAAAUGAAAUUGAAGAAGGUAAACAAUUGGAUGAAACUUUGGAAAGGGAGGAAGAAGAAGAAGAAGAAGAUGGUGAUGAAGAAGAAGAAGAAGAUGAUAAUGAAAAAGGUAUUCCAGGAUUUUGGUUAACUGCAUUAGAAAAUUUAACAACAAUUCAAGAAACUAUAACAGAUAGAGAUUCAGAAAUUUUAUCAAAUUUAAUUGAUAUAAGAAUGAAAUAUUUAAAUACUCCAGGAUUUGAAUUAAUAUUCGAAUUUCAAGAUAAUGAAUUUUUAAAUAAUAAAAUUUUAACAAAAACUUAUCAUUAUCAAGCAGAAUUAGGUUAUUCAGGAGAUUUCGUUUAUGAUCAUGCAAAUGGUUGUGAAAUAAAUUGGAAAUCAAAAGAGAAAAACCCAACUAUUAAUAUAGAAAGAAGAAAACAAAGAAAUAAAACUACAAAACAAACAAGAACUGUUGAAAAAUUAACUCCAACUGAAUCAUUUUUCAAUUUUUUUGAUCCUCCAAAACCACCUAAAAAAUUUAAUAAAGAAAAUGAUGAAGAUAACAAUAUAGACGAAGAACAAGAAAAUAAUGAAGAUGAAGAACAAGAAGAAGAAGAUGAAGAUUUAGAAGCAAGAUUAGAAUUAGAUUAUCAAUUAGGUGAAGAAAUAAAAGAUCGUUUAAUUCCAAGAGCAGUAGAUUGGUUUACUGGUGAUGCAGUAGAUUAUGCUUAUCCUGAUGAAUUUGAAGGUGAUGAAGAAGGAGAAUUUUCAAAUGAAGAAGGUGAAGAUGAUGAUGAUGAUGAAGAUGAUGAAAAUGAAGAUGAUGAAAAUGAAGAUGAUGAUGAACAAAAUGAAGAACUGGGUAAUAAUGAAGAAAAACAACCACCUCCUGAAUGUAAACAACAAUAA